AACCAUACUCGGGCAGUCGGUCCCGCGCAGAUGAGCUACCGACCAAUCCCCAUGGAGCUUCUGCCGUAAUCAACAGAACAGAGAAUCCGAGAUCUGGGACUCAACUCCCAAGAACACCCUCCCUCCCAUCCAGGAGAAAUCCAAGCUUAUACUGUCCUUGUAUGGAUUGAAGCUGAAAAAGGGGACAGUGUGAUUCAUUUGAGCUGAGAUUUCUCGGGUGUCAAGAACGCUGCACAGAUUAGUUCAGCUUAUACUGUUCCUCGAUGGAUUGACAUUGAAAAGGGGAUGCAAUUCCCUUGAGUUGAGGACUGAAACAUUGGGAGGGUAACUGGUGAGAAGAUCUGAAGAUGAGUGGAAGGCAUGAUGGUGCCCCAGCUAAGAUGGCGAAGCUGAAGGAACUAUUGCACAGAAGUGAAAACCGCAUCUGUGCUGACUGCAGUGCGCCCGACCCCAAAUGGGCGUCAGCUAAUAUUGGGGUGUUUAUCUGCCUCAAGUGUUCUGGCGUUCACAGAAGCCUUGGCGCACAUAUAUCAAAGGUUCUCUCAGUCACAUUAGAUCAAUGGAGCGAUAAUGAAAUUGAUAACAUGAUAGAAGUCGGUGGAAAUUCUCAUGCCAACGCGAUAUAUGAAGCCUUCCUGCCAGAGAGCUACAGCAAGCCACAUCCAGAUUCUACCCAGGAAGAGCGAGAAAAUUUCAUCAGGUCAAAAUAUGAGUUGCAAGAAUUUCUUGAGCCAAGCCUACGGAUUGUUUCUCAUCAGUCUAGCGAAUCUGGAAAACAUGCAGAGAGUGGUUCUCAUCAUUCAGUCAGUUCCAAAAGUGAUGUAGGCAUGGUUGAGUUCAUCGGAAUAUUGAAUGUCAAGGUGAAAGGAGGCACCAAUCUAGCUAUCAGAGACAUGUCAAGCAGUGAUCCUUACGUAGUCCUGACCCUUGGGCAACAGAAAGUGCAAACCUCAGUGAUCAAAGCCAACCUGAACCCUGUCUGGAAUGAAGAUCUCAAGCUCUCUGUUCCUCAGGAAUACGUUCCUCUGAAGCUGCAAGUGUUCGACCACGACAUGCUGUCGAAGGACGACCUGAUGGGGGAGGCCGAGAUCGACCUGCAGCCGAUGAUCAACGCCACGGCGGCGUUCGGCGACCCGGAGCUGCUCGGCGACAUGCAGAUCGGCCGGUGGCUCAAGUCCGGCGACAACGCGCUCGUCAGGGACAGCGUCGUCGUGGUCGCCGGCGGCAGGGUGAGGCAGGAGCUGUCCCUCAGGCUGCAGUUCACCGAGUCCGGCGAGGUGGAGCUGGAGAUGGAGUGGAUUCCACUCAACAUGUAGCACAAAAUCCGCUGUCACUUCCGAUUUCAUUUUUUCAUCUGUUUCUGAUGUGCUUCUGAUGCUUUUCAGCAAGCUCUUGCGUAUUGCGUUUUUUUACAUGGCAAAAUUUGUUCCCCUGCUGUCAAAUUCUGGAUCCUGAUUCAGCUGUGAUUCCAAUAAAGCAUAGAUUUUUCUCGCCCUUAUCAAAAUCCUUUACAAAAG